AUGGGGCCAAGUCUGUGGGACCAGACGCGUCCAAUAUGUGCGCCUUUGCGUGGUGGCAAGAGCUCGGACUCGACGACACUGGAUAAUUUGCCGCUACGUGUAUAG